GCCUUAGUGUCUAGUUUUUUUUCCUCUCUCGCUCUGCAGUUCCUUGCGAGCAGCUGUCCCGCGCGCCUGCGCACUGCCGACCUGGAAAUUUGCUACUCGUGACAGAAUUUGGAUUCCUUGCUCCAUUCACAAUAAUAAGUUCAGCAAUGGAAAAAGGCAUUGUGAGUGACUGUGGCUCUGCUACUGAUAACCAGGACUUUGAUGUUUUCAGUGCAAUGGACUGGAAGGAUGGAAUUGCAACUCUUCCAGGGAGCAAUUUAAAGUUCAGGGUAAAUGAGUUUGAUGCUUUAGAGAUCAUCACAGAUGAAACUGAAGUAGAAAAGAUAAAGAAGGCGACUGCAACAACAACAUGGAGUGUGCCCACAGCACAAGAAGCUCUGUCUAGAAAUCCCAUCCCAACAUACCCAGAGGAGCCACCCAGUAUGGAUGGAAUCCUUUGCUGUGAAAAUUGUGGUCAUUAUGGGACAACUGAGGAGUUUGGUCACAAGAGUAAAUUUUGCAGUGAAAGAUGUAUGCAGCAGGCAAAAGAAAAGAUAUCUGUUCUGAGAAAGGAACCAUCAACAUGCAACAACGAAGAAGUUUCUAGGGGCAAUCGUAAAAAGAGGCAAAAACCAGUCUCUACAACAAGAGGAGACAUUAAAGAAAAUGGAGAGAUGCUAAAGGAAGAAGAGGAAGAUGUUGAAGAAAAACAAGGAGAGCUGAAGGUGCUGAAAAUAACUCAGAACAACCAUGUCCGAGCGCGGAGAAAAAGAAAAGGUGAUUCUGGAUUAUUGAAGCAAACUUUAACGUUUGGUGGAAAGAGAAAAGCCUGGUGUUGGGCAUCUUAUUUGGAAGAGGAAAAGGCUGUUGUUGCACCGACUAAACUUUUUAGAGAGUGCCAGUCAUUUCCACAGAGCAAAAAUGGAUUUAAAGUUGGAAUGAAGCUUGAAGGGAUUGACCCCGAACAUCCAUCCAUGUAUUGCGUUCUUAGUGUGGCUGAGGUGUGUGGCUACAGAAUAAGGCUCCACUUUGAUAAAUACUCUGAUUGCUAUGACUUCUGGGUAAAUGCUGACUCAUCGGAUAUUCACCCUGUGGGAUGGUGCGAGAAAACAGGACAUAAACUUCACCCUCCCAAAGGAUAUAAGGAUGAUGAGUUUAACUGGCCAUCAUACCUGAAGUUGUGCAAGGCUCAAGCUGUGCCCAAAUCCCUGUUUGAAAACCAAAAUACGACUAUUACUCCAUUAGGCUUCCGAGUGGGAAUGAAACUAGAAGCUGUUGAUAGAAAGAAUCCAGAAUUUAUUUGUGUGGCAACGGUAUCCGAUAUGGUAGAUAAUCGUUUUUUGGUGCAUUUUGACAACUGGGAUGAAAGCUAUGAUUAUUGGUGUGAUGCCACUAGUCCUUACAUUCACCCUGUGGGAUGGUGUCUGCAGCAGGGAAAAACCCUCACAACACCACCAGAUUAUCAUGAUCCUAAAUGGUUUACAUGGGAGAAGUACUUGGAAGAAACAAAUUCUCUGCCUGCUCCUGCAAGAGCAUUUAAAUCACGCCCCACACAUGGAUUUUUACCAAACAUGAAACUUGAGGCUGUUGAUAAGCGGAAUCCAAUGCUGAUCAGAGUAGCAACAAUUGUAGAUACGGAUGAUCACAGAGUAAAGAUACAUUUUGACGGCUGGAACUAUGAUUAUGAUUACUGGAUUGAUGCUGAUAGCCCUGAUAUCCAUCCUGCAGGCUGGUGUGCUAAAACUGGACACCCUCUUCAACCACCUAUCAGCCCAUUAGACUUGGUGGAAGCUUCUGAACAGGGAGGAUGUCCCACUCCAGGAUGUAAAGGAAUUGGACAUAUAAAAGGAGGGAAACAUUCGGGUCAUCACAGUGCAUUAGGCUGUCCAUACUCUGAGAUCAAUCUGAACAGAGAGAAUGUGCUGCAGGAUCGUGUGAAUGGAGAGGUACCAGUCUCUACUGGUGUGCUGAAGAACAAGAAAGUGGAAAUAGACGGAGUAGAAACAGCCCCCAGUUUGUCUAACAUCACAUCACAUGGGAAAUUCUCAAAAGACCACUGGUUGUCAGAAACUACUGUUCAAGGAGAGAGGAAUGCUGAGGACUCUGUCUCUGAUGAAGAACCUCCAUACAAAAAAUCUUUUGUGUAUGCCAGCAAAGGAAGAAAGUACCCCAGAGCUGGAAGACCAAUGAAGCAUCCAAGAAUAAAGCAGGAAGAGGAAGUGACAAACAAGGUUAACUGGCAAAAUGAAAACAAAGAAAAUGAUGAUUUUAACCUGCAACAGGCAUUGCAUCAGUCCGUGUUUUUGUCUUCAGCAUCACCAGUGCCCAGUCUGCCUCUUUGCUGGGAACAGCACAGCAAGCUAUUACCUGGAGUUGCUGGAAUCACAGCCAGAAAAGUAGCAAAAUGGACUAUAGAUGAGGUAUCUGAAUUCAUCCUGAGUUUGCCAGGUUGUGAAGAACAAGCCAAAGCAUUUAGGCAUGAGCAAAUUGAUGGAGAAGCACUUCUACUACUGACACAGACAGACAUUGUGAAGAUAAUGAGCAUUAAACUGGGCCCAGCUCUGAAAAUCUACAAUUCUAUCCUCAUGUUUAAAACUACAGAGGAAAAUGGGCAGAAUGAGCUUUGAAAAAACUCAGAAUAAAACAAUGCAGCUGUUGCUGGCCUGUUUCUCAAUUCAAUCUAAUCUUUAAUUCAAAGCACAAGAACUCUGUACUGAAAAUGAAAUUCUAUACGAAUACUACUGGAAUAUUUACUGUUGACUUGGCAAACUCGCUCGGAGUGCAUUCACUUUCAGCAAUGCGGUACUAAACUAUGAGCUCAUCUCCCACUCAUUGCCUCAGGACUUAAUUAUGCAAAUAUCUGUCCAGUUAUAGCUGGUAUGGACUUUUUGUGAUUGAUCCUUGAAUUGUAUAUUUCAAAAUGGCUGAAGGUUUCUUCCAAGAACUGGACACAAUCUAACAGACACUAAAGUGGAUUAAUUGUGUUUGUUGUUUAACUUCUCCCUUUGCUUGCAGUGGAAUGAUCUUUGUUGUUUGUGUAUAGAAUUGUUGGAGAGAUUUCAAUACCUGGUUAGGUAGCAUUUCAUUAUUCCCAAGUAAUGGAAUGUUCAUAUGGAUAUAUAUAUUUUCAGAAGUUAACAUUGCUGAAAUUAAUUUAACUGUUAGAUUGUAUACAUCUUAGAAAUUUAACAUCCAAACUAUUCAGGCAGUCUUAAAUAGUUAAUUAAGACAAACACAAUUGCUCAUUCCCAGAUUU